CGGGGCUUGACCUCGAUCCCGGCCCCGCGCUGCCAGCCCCUGCCCUGUCCAUCACCGCCUGGCCCCUCCUUCUAUGGGCCCCCAGCCCCCAUUUCUCUUUGCUUGCUCUCCAGCGCCCCUUCCCCUUUCCGGUCCAAGGUUCAGGCCCAGGGCCCGCAGAAGACCUUCGUAGGAGCCCCCCUGCCAAAGGCCGCCCCCCACUGCAAAGACCAUCUCCCCCAGCUGUCACUGCCAACCGUGGCGUGUAUGACGCCCCAUAUGGGGCCCUGUCACCACACCACCCCCUCCUUUCCUGGUCCCUCUCCCCAGAUUCUAAUUCCCCCCACUUCCUCACUCAUUUCUCCCAUACAUGGGAACCGCUGCCAGAUCCCAGCCCUGGCUGCUGCCAGUCUGAGAAUGCUGUGGGGUCUGCCUCCACCACGCAGAGACUUUGGCCACUUGAUGACCACACCCCUCUCCCCUCCAGCCCCCGCCAUCUUUCUCCUGCCCUUCCCCUCUUCACCUUAUCACAGACCCACUCUGCCCCCCUUAAAACAUUUCCCUGAGCCACCUCCAGCAUUGUUUUUCCUUUCUAUGUCACUUGGCAUGGGGGACAGAAUCUUUCUGGGUCCCUCUGCCCCUCUCAUCCUGUCAGUCUCUGUCACCCUGCCUCUCUUCUUGUGCUCCCUCCUCCAAACAAGCGUCUGUCCCUGGAUGGGGUAGCAGGGUGUUUAUGAACCUGAAGAACUGCUUCAGUGCUUCCAAAGCCAAGUGUGAGCCUAUCUUGCUGGGAUUCAUUGUGUCCUGUUUCCCAGGUUGGGGGUGGGCAGCAGCAGAGCCCCUUCCCUCUCCUGCUGUGCAGAGAGCUCUAGGCUCCUUGGAGGGCCCCUCAGUAAACGGUGUUCCACAACUGAGGCCCCAUCAUUCACCCAAUCCCCUGGGGUUCUUCACCCACAACUGGCUCGGGAUGGAAAGUGGGGGGUGGAGUGUCUGGGUUUAGCAAGCUCAUUCAGCUUGAGCUGAGAUGGUGAGAAAGGGGACUCGGGAUGACAGUGGGGAGGGUAGUGGGGGACAUUAACGACUUGCUUUGCCAUUCUGAUCAUUCUCAGGGCUUAGCCAGAGACAGGCCUGUUUCCUUCUCCACCCCCAAAUGAUGUUAGCCUUUUCCAGCCAGCCAGCCAUUCUGUAUCUGGAAAUGCCUCCAGAAAUGGCCUCAAGCUCCUUCCUCAAUUCCUCCAGCUCUUAAAUUAUUAUCACUCCAGGCCUAAAUCUGGACCUUAGCUAAGAUCCCCAUCCAGUUAUCAGAAAUAGAGCUGAAAAGGGAGAUCAUGUCCAAGUACAUCCUUCCUGAUUACUGAUCUCAAACCCCAGCAUCUGAGUCCCCCUUAAUUCCCCCUUCCCAGUAAGACCUGGGCAUGCAAGCCAAGGAACUUUAUUCCCACAUGAUUCCAAUGGCAGAACUCGAGUCACCUAGCAGCCAUGGGGAGACAUGUCACCAAUGGGUGGGGGACAGGAAGGCAAGCUGAGUGCUUGAUGACAGAGGAGCAGGUGGGUAGUGACCAAAAAAGUUCUGGGCAUGAACCUGGAUGGAACUAGGCAGAGGGGGAAGGACCAGACCCCCAGCAGGUGAGGCUGGCUGACUAGGAGGUGGAAGGUAGAGCUAGCAACUAUAUAUUACAGUGGUUUGGUUGAAAGUUGGGGAGAUGACAUAGUCCUGGAAAACUUUCAAGGCAUAUCAAACAAAAGCAGUAGGGGGUGGAAAGCCACACAGGGAAAAGGAUCCCCAAGAAAAAGAUCAGAGGCUCUGGGAAGAAUGCUGAAUCAGGGCACAGGCCUGGACUAUCCUGAUGAAAUGCAGCUACUAUUUAUUAGGCACCUAGGAUAUACCAAGUCUCCACAGAAUCUAUCUGUUGGAGUGAUUUUCAUAAUGGGAUAUUACUGCAAUUUUCCAAAUGAUCUUUCUGAGUUUCACUUAGAUGAUGUCACAGAGGCAGGAUUCACAUCCAGAUCUGCCUACCAAUUUCCUAGACCCCAGAUUUCCCAACCCAGAUAUUCUCAAGCUUCCUCCCCGAUUUUGAUACUAUUCACCUAUAUUUUCUUAAGAUAAUAAAAAUUUUGAUUCACUUUUGUUCAGAUGCAAACUUUGGUCCAUCCUAAGCUGUAAUAGAAAUAAAAUCACGGAAUUGCUGUGUCAGUUAUAUUCUCUCUGAUACACGUUAAAAUACAGUGUCUAAAAAAAUGAAAUAUCCCUUAAAAUAAUUUCAUGCCUGAGGAUGGGACCCAUGUCACACUUUGGGAAAUGCCCUAAUCUGCACUUCCUUUUAGAGGCUUUCAGGGGCUCUCAGGGAAGGAAACAGGAUAAGGAAGGAAGCCCAUUUUUGCUUUGACGAUCAGAUUCUGAAAGGUUCGAGUUAGACAAAAUCUGCCCUCUUGGAAAUAGGGCCCGGGUAGGGCCAGUAGCCAGGCCAGCCUGCAGGGGGCACCUGGAUUUCCACUGCCAGAUGCCAACCGGGCUGGAGUAAGGAAAAUGCCCAAGCUUUAGUAGGCACCAGUUAGGCUGUGCUGCUGUCCCCAUGCCAGGGCAGGACAGUGCUGGCCUCCUCAAAGAGGGCAGGGAUCUAGAACAAGCCUUGGGGUGGGGUGGGGGAAAUCUGUACCCAAAGAUGCCAAAGCCAUUGUCAGGGGCCCAGGUAAGAUGCUAAGGGAGCAGAGGAAAAAAAGACCAAGCACCAGACUCUGAGCAAGCGGGAGGAAUUGAGAGGGGACAGUGGCCCCAAGAGGCCCCAGGGGACAGGAGGCCAAGUGGAGCUCAGGCCUUGGCUGGCAUUGGCCAAAGGCACCCCUGGAGCUAGCCCACUGAAGGGGCAGGGCUGGUGAGAGGGAGGCCCCCAGACCCCAGGGACAAAAAGGUCCAGACUCUGAGACUGGGACAUCCUCCAGGAGGUCCCUGGAUAGGAAGAAUUCUCACCUUGUAACAUCCUACAAGACUAUGAGAGGGCCAAGCCAUCUCUGCAUUGGCAGCUGUGUGGGUGCCCAAGAGGGUCCCGCCAGAGCAGCUUUUCCCUGUAGCGCAGUCCCGUCUACAGCAGCUUGAGGGGCCUUACCUGCGUGUCCCUGCACCCACUGGCCCCCAGGUUGGGUUUCUCUUCCUGCCACCACCCAACAACUCCCUAGCUCCCCCUGUAGGCGGGGCUUUGGGGAUGGGCGGCCAAGCUGGUGCAGCAGGUCUCAUGAACCUUCCCAGCCGCUGUAGUCCAGGUGCACAGAGAGGAAGGCUGAAUGAUGGCUUCCAACCCCAACAAUGGUGAGGCUGAGCCCUGUUGCUAUAGCAACUUACCGGGCAGACAUUGCCCCUCAGACAGGAAGGGACUGCAGUAGGGUUUGGGGAGCAGGUGGAAAGCAGGGAUUUGUGGACCCCUGGCUGGCCCUAGAAACACCUCCCUUACUAAUAACCCUGGGCUGGGGGCCUGGGGCAGAGGAGGGUCAGGGGAGCCUAGUUCAGACAAGGGGUGAUGGCUCAGCUCAGAUUGGGACAGUGUGGUGGUUCAGUCAAGUGUUGGAGUUCAGCUCAGAAUGGAGGUUGGUUCGGCUCAGUGAUAGAAUCCAGGUCCAGUACAAAAUAGGGAUCCAUCAGACUGGGGGUGUUCCAGCGCAUUGUUGGGGUUCAACUGGGGCCAAAAGCAGAGCCAAGUACAGGGCAAGGGUUGACAAGAGGCCAAGGACAUCCUGGAAUACCAUUCCCCUCUCCGCCUCCACACAGGACCAAGACAAAGCCAGGUGUACCCAUUUCUCUCUUGGGAUAGUAGGAUUUGGGGGCUUCAGGUUCAAAGAGGACUCCGGGAUGGAGACUGGGUGGCUCUAGCCUCUGUGCCUUUCUCUCCAGCUGCUCUUUCAGCUAAUUAGUGGGGCUCUGAGAGGGGCCUCUUCAGCCCCCAGGGAGCCCCUGGCUGCUGCCUGGGCCUUGGGGUUCAUUCGGCUCAGUGACGGGAGUCCAGGUCCAGUACAGAACAGAGGUCCAUCAGACUGUGGGAUGGGCCAGCCCAGAAAAGGAGAGCCAGACUAGACUUGGAGAAUCAGCCAGCACAGACUUGAGGUCCCAGCCCAGGCUGGGCAUCCCUGCCCCAGAAGUCCCAGGACAACCACGUUUUGGAGGGCAGUGUCCUGAGAUUGUUGUCUUGGGGGUCAGUGGGGUGAUGGGGAGGUGGUCUGAGGCUGGGCUCCUGCUUCCUGCUGUGGCUUUGGCUUUUCAAGUGGUGUUCCUGGAUUCUCUCUGGGAGCCCAAAUCUAAUCCAGACUAGGAUAGAGGCAGCUCCCCACCUGUGGGAGAAAUGGACAGGGUGGCAGGUUUUUCAAGCCAGCAACUGGCUGGGUUUCCCUCUUCUGCCACUUCCUAUUGUCACCAGUGGCCUCGGGUACCAGGCACCCUCAGAGACAGUGCCACUGACCCUCCACUUUGGGGAUCUGGAAAGGAGGAGAAAGAUGGUCAAAACUGCCUCUCCUCCCGCACGCCUCGGUUUAGCCUUUUGUUUCCGGUUUGCGCGUUAAUGGCUGAAAGCAGAGCCGAGUACAGGGCAGGGUUGACAGAGGCGGAGGGCAUCCUGGGAUGCCAUUCCCCUCCCUGCCCCCGGGCAGGAGCAAGACAAAGCCAGGUGUACCCAUUACUCUCUCGGAAUAGCAGGAUUUGGGGGCUUCAGGUUCAAAGAGGACUCGCAGGAGGAGAUGGGGUGACACUAGCUCCGUGCCUUUCUCUCCAGCUGCUCUUUCAGCUAAUUAAUGGGGGCUCUGGGGCCUCUUCAGCCCCCAGGGAGCCCCUGGCUGCUGCCUGGGCCUGAGCCUUAACUCCUUCCCGUCUGCCCAGUGGACAUCGCCCUGGGCACGUUGGGUGCCAUCCCCGGGGCAGCCCAGCACCCACUGAGGAAAGCAAGGCCUGGCAUCCUGGGAGCCGUGAAGUCCCUGGAACAGAAAGUGAGCUUUAGUACCCCACCCCAGGGACAGGCACAGGCCAGCCAGGAGGGACACCCUUGGAGACUCUUCCCACUACCUUCUGCCAAGAAGGGCCUUUGCAAACCUUGGCCAGCUGGGAGCAGGCACCUUUAAAUGCUUUCCUGGCAACCAGCUCCUCCUCCUUGGUCCCCCCGAGGCCCUCCCGAGGAAGCCAGCUCAGAGACGGCGUAUUCCUGGUUCCCCUGCAAAAGGAAGAUUCUAGGGCGAGCCUAGGGUGGCCUGGGAUGGAUCUGGGGUCAGACAGUGGCCAGGGUGGGGGCUCAGAGACCACCUUCCAGCUGUGGCUGCAGCUGCUCCUCUGGGCCCACUUGAUGAUCCGUUUCCUGGGCUACUUGCGCCACACCCUCUGGGCACCUAAGCCACAGCCAGCACCCUGAGCUUCCCUGCCCAGGGGCGCAGAUGGGCCCCAGAUGACCCCCAUCCCACUCCAUCCCCCAUUGCACCCUCUGCUGGAAGAGGCAGGAACCAGAGGUGAGUACGUCGGUUCCUGGCUCGGGAUCCUCCCCCCAGUCAUCAUCUCUAUCUGCCUGUUCCUCCUGUCACUGUCCCUAGCCAGCACCCCACCCCCAGUCAGGCAGGCUGACGGCACCAGCUGGGAUGCAGCCAGGGCCCUUCUGUACUUUGAGAGGCCAGAGAAGGGGUGUGCUUGGGCCAAGACACCCCAUGGAGCCUCUGGAUGGAAUACCAGCCGACGGCCAGAGGUGCAGGCCCACCGGGUCAGGACAUGGCAGUUCUCAGGAACAGCUAAGAGUGAAAGGAGAAGUAGGAACAGCUGUUCCCCCAGGUUCCUCCCAAGCCUGAUCCUCUCCCCUUUCUUGGGUGGAUGAAGGUAAAGUCCUGAAAGGGUACCCUUUUCCCCCAGCUUCAUCCAAAAUUCAGUGUGUAUGUUUGGAGGCUUCCAAGGAAGGUGUGGUGUGUCCAAAAAGCUCCUGCCAGUGAAAGCACUGGAUGUUGUGCAGCCCCCAGGCUGAGAGAGUCUCAGAGAGCUGUAGCACAGCCAGGUACCAGCCUGGGAUUCCUGGCCACUCCCUGACAGCCAGCCUCGCCCACCCCCACUGCUCAGUCACCCUUUUUUAGGGCUUUCCUGCCAGUGGUCUUUCCCCCAUCUGCCAUUCUUGUGGCCCCACAGAAAGUUCUCUCUGCCGAUGGAGAGCCUCAGGGGACAAUGGGGAGCAGGGGUGGCUCCCUACAAGGUCAUGUCGGAUUCCUGGCACCGCGUAUGGGUGGGACAGGCCGAUGACAGGCAAGGUCAAAGUACAGUGUGCAGGACCCUUCAGGGUGGCAGCCACCUCAGGAAUCUCAGGGACUUGAGGACAGUGCUGUCUGUGGGCCACCCUGGUGUCCUAGGACCAAGGUGGAAUGAAGCAGUUCAUCUCGUGGGCACUGGAGUCUGGCAAAUAGCGUCAAGCCUGGUCGGUCUUGUACGAUGAGAGGAAUAGCUCCAACCCAUUAGGGUUGGAAUGAAGCACAGAAAUCUUUCAGCAUGAGGCUGGUGUAGAGGGAGGAUCCCUGAACAUUUACAUGGCACUAAACCCACACCAGCCACUGUCCAGCCCCUUUUGCCAAGUUUCACUCAUUCAGUGCUCACAACCACUCCACCAGGUCAUUACUAUUAUAUCCCCAUUUUACAGAUGUGGAAAGCAGAGGCCCAGAGAGGGGAGGUCAGUUACCUAAGGUUGCACAGCUCAUCAGGGACCAGGCUGGGAUCUGAACUUGAUCUCAUUCCAGAGUCCUGGCCCUGAACUGCUUUGCCAGGCUACCUCUCAGCAUUGGUGAGAAUGCCUAUUUUCAAGCUUCAGUUUCCUAUGGUGUUAAAUGGGGAGAAUGCAUAAAGGGAAAGUUGGCCAGCAAACCAAAUAAGAUUGUGGAGACAAAGCAACCAGUUCAGAGUCUGCUGGGAAGUCGUCAUUGUUAGCAGGAUGGUGAUAUUCAACUUGGGGUGCUGAGGGGCCAAUGGGAAGUGGGCAUUGGGCAAGGCUUCCCCUGAACCAGCUCUGGCAUGAGGGAAAGGGGGAACAGGGCAAGCUGGGGGCCAAGGCGACAGCUGAGCCCCCCAAGGCCGCCUGCUACCCGAGCCCCAGAGGCCUCCACCCAGGGCCGGCCUGUCUAGAGAAGGGGCUGGAGGAGCGGCCAAAUCCCAAGGCUAUAAAUACCUCGGCUGGCGUUGUCCGCGGCCAUGGAAUGUUGGUCAGAACUGGGGCAAGUGGGGGUGGGCUGGCCUGGACACUGCUCUCUGUCCCCCCAAGAGUGACCCCCGAGUCACCCCGCAUCCCAUUUUUGGACAGAGUUGAGGCUGGGCCCCACCUCUCUCGAGUAGAGGUGGGGCCAGGCCACAACUCAGGUCAGGACCCCCCAAAGCUACCGUGAGCUCAGCCAGGGCAUCUGCAGGCACUGGAGAAAGGUCAGUCUUGGGGUUGAGACAACUGCGCCCCACUUUGCACAAGUGAGCAUCUCCCUAGGAAUAGCCUGGUCCACCCCAACGAGAUGGGGUCUCCAUCUAACUCUCCCUUUCUUCC